AUGGGUGGUGUGGGGAAGACGACUCUUGCAAGGGUACUCUUUAAUCAGAUUGCCAAUCAGUUUGAUGGUAAAAGCUUUGUUGAGAAUGUUCGAGAAUGCUCAAAAGACGCCAGGGGUUUGCAGGAUAUGCAAAAACAAAUCCUUACUUCUGUGUUAUGCGAUCAAAGCAUUGCCGUUCCAAGUGAUUUUGUGGGGGGUAAUACGAUGCAAAGGAGGAUGCCUAGUAUUAAAGUUCUUGUAGUUCUAGAUGAUGUGAAUGAUGCAAAGCAACUUGAGGCGUUAGCAGAACCAAGUUGGUUUAAGAAAGGAAGUAGAAUCAUCAUUACAUCAAGAGAUAGGCAAGUAUUGGUAGCCCAUGGAGUCCAGAGUCACAAUAUUCAUGAUGUCAGUACGUUAUCACAUGAGGAUGCAAUUCGUCUCCUUAGUAAGUAUGCUUUUAACACAGAGAGUCCAGCUCAGGGUUAUGAAAAGCUAUCUGAAAAGGUUGUAAAAUAUGCUGCUGGUCUUCCCUUAACCAUCAAAACUUUAGGUUCAUCUCUUCGUGAUGGUCUUGUGCAAUAUUGGAAAGGCACCAUCAAAAGACUGAAAAAGAUUCCAUGUAGUGAUACCUUGGGAACGCUAAAAAUAAGCUAUGAUUCUCUAGAGGAGGAUCAGAAAGAGAUAUUCCUAUAUGUGGCUUGCCUAUUUAAAGGUGAAACCAAAAAGGAAGCAAUCAGAAUACUAAAAAGUUUAGGAUUUGAGGCUAGAGUUGGUUUAAGAGUUCUCGAGCAGAAAUCCGUAAUUACUCUCCGUCAUAAGUAUGAUUAUCUUAAUAUUGCUAUUGAUGAUGAUUAUAAGAGGUUGGACAUGCAUGAUCAUAUAGAAGAAAUGGGAAUGCAUAUUGUUCGCAGUCUGCAUCCUAACGAGCCUCAGCAACAUAAGCUGUUAUGGAAUAGAGAUGAGAUUGAAGAUAUAAUAGAAAAUGACAUGGGUACCAAAGCAAUAAGAGGUAUAAAACUGCUGUAUUCGGAUCUCUGUCCAGCUAAACUUUCACAAAGUCUUAGAAAGAUGAGAAGACUAUGUUUUCUUCAAGUGGAGUUGUUAUCAGGGUACCGAAGCAAUAAAGCUGGCCGCAAUUACCUUCCAAACAGUUUACAGUUUCUACAUUGGAAAGGAUACCCUUAUAGGUAUUUACCUAAAACAUUUCAAGGAGAUAAACUUGUUGAGAUCAACAUGCCCGAUAGCUCUAUCCGUCAACUCUGGAAAGGGGGAGAAAAAAAGGUUCUUCCCAAACUCAGGCUCCUUAACCUUAGUGGUUCUAAUCUAAAAACCUUUGACUCUGCGGGGAUGACUCCAAAUCUUAAAGAAUUACUUCUUCGUGAAUGUUAUGAGUUGGUAGAAGUCAACAUUUGUGAUGAAUGUUCGCAUCUCAAGAAGCUAGACCUAUCCAAAUGUAAAGCCUUAAAAAAACUCACCAUUUCUAAGGAUUGUACAUCACCUCUACUGGAGGUGUUAUCAGUUGAAUUAUGCGAAGCCUUGGAGGAACUCGUCAUGCCUGUUGGAUGUCCAGAGCUCACUGAAGUCUCCAUCAAUGGUAACCAUAAGUUACGUCGCUUCAACCUUGGGCAGUCCUAUAAGGUGGAGGUGUUUUCAGCUGAAGGUUGUGAAGAGUUAGAGGAACUUGUCAUGCCUGCUAAAUGUCCAUGGCUCACUCAAUUCUCCCUCAAGGUCAACGAUAAGUUACGUAGCUUGAACCUUGAGAUGGCCUCUAAUCUGGAAGUGUUAUCAGUUGAAGAUUGUAAAAUCUUGGAGGAACUCGUCAUGCCUGUUGAAUGUCCAAUGCUCACUGAACUCUCCAUCUUGAAAACCAAGUUACGCAGCUUCAGCCUUGGGUUGACUCCUAAUCUGAAGAGGCUAAUACUUGAACAAUGUGAAGACUUGGAGGAACUCGUCAUGCCUGUUGAAUGUCCAAUGCUCACUAAACUCUCCCUUUGUGACAACGAUAAGUUACGUAACUUGAACCUUGUGCAGGCCCCUAAACUGAAAAAGUUGCGACUUGAAUAUUGUGAAGGCUUUGAAAAUAUCUAUGUGCCUGUUGAACUUCCAAGGCUUAGAGUCCUCGAAGUCUUUAAAUAUGAUAGUGAUGAACAUUAUGGGUCGUUUUCAGAUCUACUGGACAAGUUAAAAAUUCUGAAGAAGUUGCGUUUGUUUGAUAAAAUGAAACGUCUUCCGGAUUGCAUUUAUAUGUUGCAGCAUCAUCUGAGAGUACUUGACCUUACACGUUGUAGGAAGCUAGAGGAGUUACCCGACGAUCUGGAUGGAUUUGAGUUUUUAGUGAAGUUAAUCCUACGGGGUUGUAAAUCCUUACUGAGUAUUCCUGACUGCAUCUGUUACAUGACUCGUUUGGAAAGAUUGAAUCUCUCCCAGUGCCGUAAGCUUGAGAAACUGCCUGAUGACUUUCGACAUUUACAAAGCUUGCAAGUGUUAAACGUCUCAGGGGGGACAGCUAAGAGGUUAAAGAAUCUUUCAGAGAGCAUUUCCCAAUUGAAAGAUCUCCGGGUUAUAGGAUCUUCCUGAUUAACAUUCAUGGUGUUAGAAAGGAGAAGAUUUGGGGCUCAAGAAAAUGUCAUCAUUUCCCAGAAGAUCAUGUCUUGGCCAUAAUUCAAGGGCAUAAUUCACCGGACAGAUUUUAUUUACUUAUUUCUUUAUUUUCUGCAUGAUUUAUCUUAGUGUGUUUCACAUUGUCUAGCCUAUAAAUAAAGGCUUUAGUAUUACAAUUAAGAAUCACAAUAUUUACAAUGUAGUCCUUUCGUGUGUUUGUUUUUCUUGAAGGCUUCUAAAGCCUAUUAAUAA